AUGAGGGGAUAUUCUCGACAUGGGACCCAACUUGUGAAAGGGGGCAUUCAAUGCCGGUUUUCCCGUAGCUUUGGGGGAGUAAACGGCCCCCAAAACACAGCCCCCAACGGGAAAGGGUUGACGCAUCGCCUUGGUCUGCCUCAACAUGUCUCCAGUUCCCACACUGAGUCAAAAGAGCCUCCAACAGUGAGGGAUUUUCGAGGCGGACCAGAGUUCCCCACGAUUAGAUAUCCAACAACCGCGUUAUCUCGAUCCAAAAUCUCAAUCAUGGUAUUCUCCGGCCGGCCGUCAGACGCGUGCUACCCCUGUCGAAAGGGAAGACUAAGGUGCGACCGCCUGCAGCCCGGAUGCACCCAAUGCUCCCGCAAAGACAUCAAAUGCCCUGGUUACAGGGAUCUUUCGGACUUCUACUUUAGGGACGAGACCGCCAAUGCGGCCUUCAAAGUCCAGAAUCGGAAGCCGAGGAGGCGCUUGCCGGUCAAGGCAAGGCUGCAGACACCGGCAGACGCACAAUCUACUAUGCAGAACCAGACAGUCGCUUCGACGUUGGCAGUAAGAACGAAAGCGGUGCCAGUCGCUCAUCAGAAUACUGGUAGAUUGAUGGGAGCCAUUACCUCUUUUAGAUCUUCCGCCGAGCCACCCCCGGACGUUGCUAUGGUUCGAUAUCGAAACGUUUCCCAGUCUAUUGAGGGCCUGGCCCGCACGUAUUUCAUGGCUGACUAUAUCUCCUCGUCUCCAUUCGACUACCUACCUCAACUUUGUCCACAUGGGCUAAACGAGAACAACGCCAUGUCAGCGGCACUAUCAGCCACGUCCUUCGCUGGUCUCUCGCUGAAGUUAUCAGAUGCGAAACUCAUGAAGCAGGCUCGGACUCACUAUGCCAUGGCCUUAUAUCAGACUAAUCAGGCUCUCAGCUCUGCAGAACUUGCCGUAAGGGACUCAACUCUAGCCGCUGUCCUUUUGCUGGGUCUGUUUGAAGCCAUGGUCUUCACAGGUCGGCAGUCUAUUGAGAGUUGGAACGCUCACACUAUUGGGGCCGUGGAGCUUCUCCGCCUACGUGGGACCCAGCAGCUGCAAACACCUCUUGGCCGUAAGCUGUUUGUCCACGCGAGUGGCAAUAUCCGUACUAGCUGUGCGCACACCAAGACACCUGUUCCGGCCCGGUUCCUCAAACUCUACGAGCAGGCAAGACCUUACUUGGACCUAGGAGACCCUAUUUUACAGGUGGCCCCGAUUAUCGAUCGAGUUGCGAGUCUGAGGGCUAGGGUAGCACAGGCCAACGACCAAUACAAACGAGAGCUGGUGAUGGAAGCACUGGACUUAGAUGCCGACACAGUUAGGCUAGGCCAAAGCGUUCCCGAGGGUUGGAAGUUCACUGCGAGACUUCCAGAAGAAAGCUCUCCAAUGACGUACAAGGGCAUAUCACUCCGGUACCCCUCACUGGAGGCUGUUCGAUACUGGAACGGACUACGGAUUGUUCGAAUGUUUCUCAACGAUUUAAUAUGGAAUCAAUCUUCUCUCGUAUUAAACCAGGGUCCUGACCUUGAUGACGACACCGACUACGAGGAACUCCAGAUAUCAACAUCGAGAAAUAUGUCGACACUAAUCAUUGAAGUACUGGCUAGCUGUGGCGAAUACAUUGAGCCCUCUGAGCAGCGCUUUUCGGUCACAGCAAGAUGUCUAAUCUGGCCCCUGUCAGUCAUUUCAGAGGUCUCCUUGACGCCCCCUGAUGCACGGCAGUUUGCUAUUGACUGCCUGAGCCGCUUAAGUGAGGACUGCAGUCUUCCCAAGGCUAUCGAGACAACAGGCAAAGCCCAGGGAUCCCAGGAAACAGACUGGUAUGUAUCACCCCUGUUGACUUAUUAA